AUGGAUGAUCAGGCCAAGAUUUUGAAAUAUUUGGUCUCAGUGGAGAAGUUGGCUGAAGAAAUAAUAAAUGACAAACAAGAAAUAAUCAUGAUAGAUAAAAGGAGAAACCAGAACCGAGAAGCUUUGAGAGAUCUCACAAAAUCAGGACAAACAAAAUGUUGGGUUACAGUCGGUUCUGUUCUUAUCAAGCACAAUGUAGAUUCAGCCAAAACAUUACUAGAGACAGACCAAAUGCAAUUGAACAUAGAUAUAAACAAGCUAAGGAGCAAUUUAAAAAUUAAAGUUAAUGAUUUAAGAGACUUGGAAAUUCAGCCUCCAGUGCCUGGGUUAAUGUUGGUCCCAAUGUCUAAGAAAGAAACUCAAGGCUUAUCAAGUGCUGGUUUGAUUCCUCGGUGA